CUCUCAUGGGUGAAAAUAACAGCAGCAGCCGCCGCCGCCGCCAGUCUAGCAGGGCACCACGGCGGCGCGAGGUUAACCUAACCGCCGGAGGACGUCGAAGUCACCCGGCGCCGGCGGUGUUCGACCCAGGUUUCGGCUCCACCGCGCUUCAUGGACUUCUCCAAUCUCAAGUCGCUCAACCCCCUCCCCCCGCCGCCGCUCGUAUCCUGCGUGCGGCGCCUCCUGGGCACGUUGAUGGCGGCCCAGAACCCGCGCUCCCGGCGGGUCUCGCAGGGCGGCGGCCUGCCCUUGCCGGCCGACGCGCUGUACGAGAUCCUGCUGCGCUUCCCGGCCAGGGACCUCUGCCGCCUCUGCGCCGUCUGCCGCCCGUGGCGCUGCCUCCUCUCCGACCCGCACUUCGUCGCCGCCGCCCACGCGGCCCGCCACCCUGAACCGCCCCUGAUCCUCGCCGGCUACAACACGGCGCUUCAAGACGACGGAAUCAUCUGCGACGUCAUGGACCUCUCCGGGCGCGUCGUCAAGCGGGUCCGCACGACGGGGGAUGACACAGGCGGGAAAGAGUGCGUGAUAUCCAUAGAAGCCGGCCUCAUCUGCACUUCGAAAGGGACCGAGUGGAGCUCCCGAUUGCUCAACCUGGCCACGGGAGCUGUACGUGCCCUGCCUGAUCCUGAAGGAUUGGCGGAAGAACCUGCGGCACACGAGCUGGACACCACUUAUUUAUUUGCCGAUGCUAUGUUGGGGCAAGUUCCCUCGACAGGGAAGUACAAGGUCCUUCGUGUGCUUGAACAUUUCAAUCACCAUGAAGGGAAGCUGUACGAGGUCUGCGCCAUGGAUAGGGGCAGCAAUGCUUGGUGGACGGGAAAGAAGCCCGUACCAAGAACUGUUUGUUUGGGCCUCUGGUUAACUGUGGUCGUCAACGGGAUUGUAUACUUCUUCUAUGAUGAGCAAGAUCAAGCACAAGAUCCUGCACUGGACCGCAUAGCUUCCUUUGACAUUGGGAUUGAAGAGUGGAGGGCAAGUCUGCGAGGACCCCUAAGCAGCAUUGUGGAUGCUGAUGUUUGGCCCAACCGUCGAUCCUGUACUGAUGAGCUCACAAUGGCUGCCUUGAAUGGCUGCUUAGUUGUGUGGUCCAUCGCCAUUUAAUGUCCCUGAUGGACCUAUGGUUUCUGAUGGACUUUGAAAGGGGCUUACGGGUCAAGCAACACAGCAUACAAGUUCCA